UGGCUUCGACUGCGUCAGGAAUGCUGGCGAGUCCUGAGAAAUAGAUCGACCCAAAACGUCCGUCCGAAUACACUUUUCUUUGCUUUAACGUCAUCAAAUGGACCGUCUAACAUCUUUUUCAAAUGAUCCCUUCGGUAAGCCGCCCUGCGGAGGCUGCUCAUCUUAUCUAACCGAGCCGUACAUCAAGUGUGCGGAAUGUGGACCUUCACCAUUUUUAUUAUGUCUGCAGUGUUUCACCAGGGGAUUUGAAUACAAGAAGCACCAGAGUGAUCACAAAUAUGAAAUUAUGACUUCAGACUUCCCGGUGCUGGAGCCCGGAUGGACGGCGCAGGAGGAGAUGGCGCUGCUGGAAGCCGUCAUGGAUUGUGGGUUUGGGAACUGGCAGGAUGUGGCAUACCAGAUGCGCACUAAAUCCAAAGAGGAAUGCGAGAACCACUACAUGAAGAAUUUCAUCAAUAACCCGCUCUUCUCUUCCACCUUACUCGGCCUGCGCAAAACUAAAGACUCGCGCUUUGCUGAAGGGGCCAUUCCUUUCAAACCCACUGAUGAUCCCCCUCGGCCCACGUUCGACUCCGUGCUGUCUCGAGACAUGGCAGGUUACAUGCCAGCCAGAGCAGAUUUCAUGGAGGAGUUUGACAACUAUGCAGAAUGGGAUUUGAAAGACAUAGACUUUGUGGAUGAUGACUCAGAUAUCUUACAUACACUGAAGCUGGCAGUUGUUGAUAUCUAUCACUCAAGGUUAAAAGAGAGACAAAGGAGAAAGAAGAUCAUCAGAGACCACGGGCUGAUCAACCUGCGCAAAUUCCAGAUGCUGGAGCGAUGCUACCCGAAGGAGGUGCAGGAUCUCUAUGAUGUAAUGAAAAGAUUCGCCAGAGUUGUUGGACCGAUCGAACAUGACAAGUUCAUCGAGAGUCAUGCAUUGGAGUUUGAGCUGAGGAGAGAAAUCCGCCGGCUGCAGGAGUACAGGAAAGCAGGGAUCAAGACUUUCUGCAGUGCCAAAGUGUACGAACGGGCGGGUCGAAUGCGCGACGAGGAGCGGAGGAAGAGGACCAUGUUCUGUGAUGUGCUGCAGUACAUCCAGGAUGGCCGAGCCUGUCAGCAGUGGCUCAGCAAACAGGCUGCAAUAGACGCUGGCAUCACUCCAGCUGUCACAACCAUCACAGUUUCAGCAACGGGCAGACGGAGCGCCCCUCCUCUCAACCUGACUGGACUGCCGGGAACAGAGAAGCUCAACGAGCGCGAGAAAGAGUUGUGUCAGGUGGUGCGGCUGGUGCCAGGGGCCUACCUGGAGUACAAACAGGCCUUGCUGAACGAGUGCAGGCGACAGGGCGGGCUGCGGCUGGCGCAGGCACGCGCGCUGAUCAAGAUCGACGUCAACAAGACAAGAAAAAUCUAUGAUUUCCUGAUCAAAGAGGGCUGCAUCACAAAGGCGUAGGAGUCUCUGACCACAGUGGAGGCUGGACGGCCGUCAGCGGUUCCUUUUAUUGUGAUUUUUUCCCCCUCUUUUUCCUUUUAAUCAUUGUCAGAGUUGAGUUAGAGGUUCAGAUUGCUGCUGUUGUUUUGAAGGAUUAUAACGUGUUCAUUCAUGUUGUGUGGCUUUUUUUAUUAUUUCUUCUUCAAAUUGUAUUACAAUUAUAUCUUUGUAUAACUCUCAGAACAAUGACUCAUUUAAAUGUGGAUGUAUUUAUUUCUGUUAUUAUGUUAAUAAAAUAAUUUGGUGUGCCA